UAACUUGCCACGACACGCUCAAGGCUGACCGGGUUGAUUCAGUUAUGUUUGUCGCGAAAAGAUUGACUAGAAGCAAAAGUGUGCGACUCGCGAGGGGGCUGUCAAGCAGAGCGACCACGGUGCUCUCGUCGGUGGACAUCCCUACCACCGGUCAGGAAUUGUCUGGAGUAUACGAUGGAAGCUGGAAGGGCUCAGGGGAUAUACUUGAAAGCGUGUGUCCAACGACGGGCGAGGUUCUCGCGCGAGUGAAGUCCGCUACCCCCACCGAGUUGCGCGAAUCGUUAGCGAAGUCGCGAGAGGCCUACCGCUACUUUAGAAGUGUCCCGGCCCCACGUAGGGGCGAGAUAUUGAGACAAAUCCGGUAUGCUCUCUCGAAGAAGCGGGAUGAGUUAGGGGCGCUUGUGUCACUCGAGAUGGGCAAGAUCAGGACCGAAGGUAUUGGCGAAGUCCAAGAGUUUGUGGAUAUCUGCGAUUACGGUGUGGGACUCUCUCGAAUGAUGAAUGGCCGAGUGGUCAGCUCAGAGAGACCCGGGCAUUCAAUUCUCGAAGUCCCAAAUCCACUAGGUGUUAUAGCCGUUCUAUCUGCUUUCAAUUUCCCAGUCGCAGUAUAUGGAUGGAAUCUGGCAUUGUCCCUGGCUGCGGGUAAUGCGACGCUCUGGAAGCCAUCUCCGAGUACCCCGCUCUGUUCAAUCGCAGUAACACAGAUUAUAUCACGGGUGCUCGAGGAGAAUGGGAUUCCUGGUGCUGUUGCCGGUUUAGUAAUUGGUGGUAAAGACGUCGGCGAAGCUAUCGUAGAAGACAGAGGGGUUGAUAUGGUCUCCUUUACCGGCAGCGAGGCUGUCGGGCGCGCAGUCGGGAAAGUGGUUCAGUCCAGAUUCGGCAAGGUCCUUCUCGAGCUGGGAGGAAAUAACGCUGCCGUCAUCAUGCCGGACGCGGACCUGUCGCUUGCGAUCCCGGCGGUCUUCUUUGGUGCUGUGGGGACGGCAGGCCAGCGGUGCACCUCGACGCGCCGUCUCUACCUCCACCGCGAUAUCGCACCCGAGUUCCUCGAGCGGCUAAAGAAGCUCUAUGCCUCGGUCCGCGCAGGUGAUCCGCUCGCCAAGGAAACGCUUCUUGGGCCCCUGCACACGCGCAACGCUAUCAAAGUGUAUACUGAUGCUGUGGGCUAUCUGCGGGAUGCUGGCGCGGAGAUUGUUACCGGCGGGGAGCGUUACAGUUCGCCUCCCUUGGAUCAAGGCUAUUUUGUCAAGCCUACGAUUGCACUGCCCAAGACCGCAGACCCGCAGGACAAGAUCUGGAGCACGGAGACGUUUGCGCCUGUUCUCAACGCGGCCGUGUUUGAAGACAUCGAGCAAGCGAUUGAGUGGAAUAACGGCGUGCCCCAGGGGCUGUCGAGUACUCUGUUCACUCGGGAUCUUAGAACGGUUGGUAAAUGGAUCGGCCCAGAAGGUUCGGACGCUGGGAUCGUUAACGUGAACGUCGGUACGAGCGGAGCGGAGAUAGGAGCGGCCUUCGGCGGAAACAAGAGCACGGGAUGGGGUCGGGAGUCCGGCGGUGAUGCAUGGAAACAAUACGUGCGCUGGAGUGCUUGCACGAUCAACUUUUCGGAUAAAGCCCCUCUGGCGCAAGGAGUGGACUUCUCGGCGUAGGUCCCUGUAACCCGCCGUCGCGACACAUGUCGGGGUGGAGAAGACGAGAAGGAAGGGCAUCGUUUCAGCCUUAUUUACUGGGUGCUUCAGGACGCGAGUACGGGAGGGCGGUUUCGGGAGCCACUAAAUCAGCUCCUGCAUGCCAUUUCUGAAUAUCUGUCUUGUAUUAUGGAUAAGGGCGGUUACUGUGGGAAACUCGGCGAGGGGGUCAUCAGACAACGAACAGGUGUUGAUGAUGGAUGGAUAUAGCUGAACUGGUAUGGGAAAUCGGUCGUUCUUCUCUGCUUCUGCGCGGGAUGUAACGAGAUGCAGAUCUUGCCGCUUGUGUAUGUGAAGUUGUGUGGCAGAGUGAUUCACUAGAGGCUCCCAUAAGCCUCCGGUUGCGCAUCAGCUAAGGUUGCAUCAAUCCCAGCCCCGAGUCUUUCAGCCAUCAUUUUAUUUGAGCCUGUAUGGCCGACUAGG